UUAUAAAGGAAAUACAUCCCCGGCACUGCCAUUUUACGUCACUCUUUCAUCCCUAUUUACUGUACUGUGAUUGGUCAAGUCGCGUUAAGCUUUCCCACCAAUGAAAUCUACAGCUGUACAAAGAGAUCUACUCCGUCUCUUCGUGUAGCUUCAGCACCAUAACUACUGCAAUCCCCCGAACAGGAGCGGACGGAUAUGCAGACACAAAGCAUGAGCUUGACGUUAGAUCUUGCACCCUUUCGGCCUAAUUAUUGUGAUUGGACCUAUGGUAUUUGUGAUUCGUGGAACGUGGAAUAAUGAGGAUUAAAUUACCUGCCUGGUGGCUUUUUUUGUGGUGGCAUCAUGUUUUUCUCUUGUGGAGUACAAUAGAUGCACAGACUCGCUACAGCAUCCCGGAGGAGCUGAAACCAGGCACGGUGGUAGGAAAUCUAGCCAAGGAUUUAGGUUUGAUUGUUGCUGAACUGUAUCGACGAAAAUUAAGGAUAAGCUCAGAAGCUGGUAGCCAGCAUUUUAAUGUUGACUUGGGGAAGGGAGAGCUGGUGGUGACUAAUAGAAUAGACAGAGAGGAACUGUGUGGACAAAGACCGUCAUGUCUGUUGCCUUUAGAGCUAGUAAUCGACAGCCCCUUACAGCUGCACAGAGUCGAAAUCGAAAUACAAGAUACCAACGAUAAUCCGCCCAGCUUCCUUACAAAAGAAAAGGUGCUAAAAAUUGCAGAGCUGGUGAAUCCAGGGGCUCGAUUUCCUUUAGAAAGUGCACAGGAUCCAGACGUGGGCGUUAAUUCUGUGCGCUCAUAUCUAAUAAAUAAAAACGAAAAUUUCAAAUUAACUAUUAAAAACCAGAAAGAUGGGAGAAAAAUCCCUGAACUUAUUCUCGAAAAACCUCUGGAUCGAGAAAAACAGCCUGUGCAUAAUCUCAUUCUCACCGCUGUAGACGGCGGAGACCCGGUGCGCUCAGGGACUUCUGAAAUUAGGAUCAUUGUUCUUGACAAUAAUGAUAAUACACCCCAGUUUGAAAAGCAGGUGUAUGAAGCUAACCUCAGUGAGAAGGCAAUACCUGGAACAGAAGUGUUGCAAGUUAAAGCCACGGACGCAGACGAAGGACUAAACGGUGAAAUAGAAUAUUUGUUUGGAGACGAAACGACAGAUCAAAUUUUAUCCCUGUUUGAAAUUGAUCCGUCCACUGGAGCUGUUCUUGUUAAAGGUACGUUAGAUCACGAAACAAACCCUGUCCAUAGAUUCGACAUAGUUGCAGAAGACAAAGGAAAUCCAAAGAUGCGCGGGCAUUGUGGCGUUGAAGUUAAAAUAGUAGACGUUAACGACAACAUUCCUGAAAUAAUUGUGACCACUCUGACAACACCUGUUCCAGAAGAUUCCGCUGUCGGGACAGUUAUUGCAUUAUUAAGUGUCAAAGACUUAGAUUCAGGUGACAACGGUAAAGUUUCCCUGACACUUACGUCAGAAUUUCCCUUUAAAUUAAUCCCGUCAGUUUCAAACCAUUACUCGCUGGUAACAAAUGGGCCACUGGACCGGGAAAAACACCGGCAAUGUAGUGUCAAGAUAAGUGCUGCUGAUUCUGGAAAACCUCCCUUAGUACGUGAAAAAAAUAUAAUUGUUGACUUGUUAGAUGUAAAUGAUAACCCACCGGUUUUCUCCAAACCUUCGUAUUCUUUCUAUGUAAAUGAGAACCACCCACCUGGGAAAAUGCUGUACUCAGUAUCAGCCUCUGAC